AUGGAUAAUUAAACAUAAAUUCAAUAAUAAUUUAUCUACAGAAAGCUUGAGCUAGAAGAUUAUCAAAAAGGAUUUCUCCUUUGUUUGUCUUAUUUAACAAAAACACCAGACCUUCCCUUCGAGAAAUUUAAGGAAAUUCAUAACAAUUACCCUGGGUUUGUAUAUGUAGUCGAGGAUGUUUAAGCGAAGUUGAUUGCUUCUACGAUAAGUUUAGUUAUUGAAUAGAAUAUCUUUGAGACCAAAUAUUAUAUUGAAAACGUUGUAACUCAUCCGGAUUAUAGAGGAAAGGGUUUCGUAAGGGAAUUGAUGGAAAUAAUUAAAUAAGAUGUGAGAGAUCUGGUAAAAAAAGAAAAUAUAGAAAAUGGAAAUGAAAAUAAACAAAUAUCAUUGGAAUUGUAUUGCAAGAAGGAAACAAAAGGUUUAUAUGAAAAACUGGGGUUCUAAGAAGAUGGUUUUAUUGCUUCCAAAUACGUUUGA